ACGCUUGAAGGCGACGAGUUUGGAAUAGUUUGCGGUUUUUUGUUAGAAACCUCUCAGAUUCGGCAAGUUCAGUGCAGGCGGGCGGUGUUCGGUGUUAAUUCUGGCAUCUGACCGCAUCCCAAGUAGCUAAACAACACACAGCGGGGGAAGUCCAGUCGGGAAAGUCACGGGAAGUUGCUGGGGCGUAAGGGUGUGGUGGAGUGAAUGUUGGGAAUGGGUUGGGACUACAGACAAGGGAAUGUGAUUCACAUUUAGUGUCGGGGAAAACCGCGAGUACAUUUUGAUGCUAUGUGGCGAAAUAUACCUCAGCAGACCUCUGCCUAUUAACGUUUAACAACAGUGAUUUAUAGAUGUAGCACUCUUUUGACCUUUUUAUAAUUACCUGCAGCAGAAUCCAGAGUAAAAGCGAAUUAGCUUUUUCUGGACGGAGUAAAUUCUAGAACUCUAAUAAUCUUCAUUGGAUAUUGUGGUGGAAAAUAGAUCGUGUUAAAGCAGAAAUAUAUUAGUGCCUCUGGAGCAAUAAAUAACGCUGAAAUAGGCCAAGUGAAGACAUAUUACCUAAAUGAAUAAUUGGGAUGGUUAUGGUAUGUUUUUGAAGUACUGAGAUUUUAGGAAAUUGAAUUUAGAUUUUUGUAGAUAUUUGAGGGAAUUUCCUAAAAAUGUCAGUGAGCCAGGAAGGAUUGGAGAGCAAGGCUUCUGCACUGUCCUUGAGUUCAGAAUCUCCAAGGAGUUGUAGGACAAAGUGUUUGGUUUGUAGAAACUUUUACACCAAUCCCAAACUCUUGCCUUGCCUGCACACCUUCUGCCUGGAGUGCUUAAGUGGGCUGGAACAAUUCUCGGUUCCGCAGACUGGGAGAGAAGUCAGGUCAGGAUGUGAGGGCUCAUUGGUCUGCUCUGACUCUAGAGUCUGUAUCCUGUGCCCAGCCUGUGAUUGUGAGGUGUACGUACCCACAGCAGGAGUGCAAGGGCUGACCACUAACUACCUGAUUCAGAACGAGGUUUUACUAGAGAGCUUGAAGAGACUCGACCACAAGUUAGUCUGUGAUCUUUGUAACGAUGGAGAUGCUGAAAGAAGAUGUCACGUUUGCUCAGCAAAUCUCUGUGAUUUUUGCUCUAAAGCUCACAGGAGGCAGAGAGCGACUGCUAGUCACAACACAGUGGCCCUGAAGGAUCUACAAAGUGGAACUGGGAGAAUUGUUCAACCCAUCAUGUGCUGUGCUCAUCCUUCAGAGGAACUGAGGCUGUUUUGUGAGACAUGUGAUUGUCUGGUCUGCAGAGAUUGUUGUCUGGUGGGUCAUCAUGACCAUAACUGUGACUUUAUUGCCAAUGUCAUUAACAAACAUGGAAAUUCCAUCAAGCAGCUUCUGAAGCAAACACAGCCACGUAUUGGUGCUCUACAGGAGAUAAUGCAAAAGAUUCACAGCUCUAGACAGAUCCUAAAAGAGCAACUGGGCAAGAUAACAGAAGAAAUUAAUAGUUUUACAGAGGACUACAUCAGGGCACUAGAGAAACAUCGGAACAGACUUUUGAAAGAGCUGGAAGAACUGAGAGUCCAGAAGGAGAACUCGCUCAAUCUGCAGCAGAUCCAGUUGGAACAGAUCCUGGCAGAUGUCAAGACGGGAGUAGAUUUUACAGAUAGCUUGUUGACCAAUGGCUCUCAUGGGGAAAUCUUAUUAACUAAGUGUGUGGUAGUCAACAGGUUGAAGCAACUGAAUAAGAUCAGUUACAGCACUCCCCCUGGAGAGGAUGAUUGGUUUUGGUUCCAGUCGCAGGAGAGAGCUGGCCAGUGUGAUGGGUUUGAGGUGUUCGGAAUCAUUGCCAUAAAAACUGUUGAUCCCACCAAGUGCAUCCUUCAGGGUGAAGGGCUCCAAGUAGCUCAACAAGACCAACCAAGUGCCUUCAUACUGGUCUGUAAUGACCAAUCAGGGAAGCAGAUGGGAAGGGGAAGUGAAUCUGUUCGGGUCAGCAUCUUCAACAAGAAUAAAAAAGAAUGUAUCAAGACAACACUGCAAGAUAAUCAUGAUGGAACUUACCGAAUUACGUAUACACCCCGGACAUCAGGCUCAUAUGUGGCAUGGGUCUGUGUGAAUGGACAGCAUGUGCAGGGUUCUCCAUUCACCAUAACAGUAGAAAGCAGAUUUCGUGAGCAUGUUGGUAUAUUCCACUGCUGCACAUUCUGUUCCAGUGGUGGACAAAAAGAUGUCCGUUGUGGCUGCAAAGGGACAAUGCCAGGUGGGUUCCAAGGCUGUGGACAUGGACACAAAACCCAUCCUGGCCAACCGCACUGGUCCUGUUGUGGAAAUCUGAGCAAGAAUUCGGAAUGUUCUGCAGCCCUAAAUGGUAGCUUGUACCAGAACCUGGUUAGGACUGUUGCUCUGUAGCAAUCAAAAACAAGGGAACUGCAAUCCCAAGACUGCUUUAUAGUAUACAUAGCAGUGAGGAAAUGCCUGUUCAACCAACUUCAUUAAUUCUUAACAGAAAUUUUUUUCUAAGGUUUUGUUGCCUGGUAUAGUUUUCCACUCGAGAUGAUGACUAAAAUAGAAAUGUUCUGAUCAGGUUAGUACUGGUUAACUUGUUGCCCGUGUUCUAUGGCAACACUCCAGACAGAUAGUGUCUGAGGCAGACUACUCAAACUUUCUUUAUUUGUCUCCUUAAUACACAAGCAUUCUCACUAAUAACACUUAAGACUACUAAAAGCAAUUACUGGAACAAGUUAGUUGGGAUAUUACCUGUACAUGGUGACUGGCUUGAUACACCAGGUCCUUGUACCAGACAUAGGGGCUUUCUCUUGACUUUUGACAGUUGGUCUCUCUCAUGUCCUAGACACAGAGAACUCUGUCUUAACAAUGGAUUGGUCUCCAUGGAGAUGUUGCACCAGUGUGCACUUUCUGUCCCUCCUUGUAUCCUCCUUGGAGUUGUUUAUCCACUUGAUGAGUUUAGCCCUUGCUUGAUCAUUUUCAGUCUGGAUGUCAUUAAUCAGUUCAGCGGGUAACUUAGCAGCACCAAAUGUCUUCAUCUAUCUGUCCACUGAUGUGAUCAUUGGAUUGUUUCUCCAAUUGUCUUGUCAGUCCACUGACAUAUAUUGCUCCUUAAUCUUGUGGUUUUCCUUCACAAGCUGUUUUGUGCUAUUUGCAAAAUUGCCUUCCCAGCUCCAUGGGGUAAACUCGCUUCUACGAGUCCAGAACUGGGCACAACCCCUCGAUCCAUAAUUCCGUCUUCUAGAAGUCCCUGGCUACUUCCUUGGGAAAUUUUCAAAAUUUAGUGAAAACAAAGAACUGAAUGUUAAAUGUUCUCUGAGCCAUUGUUGUGCAAUGAAUAAUUAAAGAGCUGCAAGGGGGAAUAAGAUUCAAAAUUUUGUUUUGAGUUUUCACAAAUAUAAAGUGAAAAAAGGGAUCCUUUAAAUUGUAGGAGAGAAAGCUUUAUAACACUAUCAUGCAGGAAAAGCAAUUUCAUGACAAAUAGAGAUGGGAUCAUCAAAACUAAAUAUAAUCUUUAAAGAGAUUAGUGUUAAUUGCCAUGUGAGUUUGAGCUACAGUCUUUUGUCUUCAUAAAAAGGAAAAGCUGAUUCAUUUGAAAUAAGAAUUAUUAUUUCAUCCUGAUAUUUUUCCAUUAAAGUUGUGCUUGUACAUUAAUAUAGAGAUGAAGGAAAGGACCGUGUGAAAUGGAAUUGAUUACGUAGCCUUUGUAGGCAACAAAUACAAAAUGUUUUAGCUUCUCUUGUACACAAUAAGAUUUAGAUUUGUUUGAUAGAUACAUUCAUGUUUGGCCCCUAUAUUUCCAUUUAUUUAAUAUCGAUUGAUAUUUAAAGGCUGUGUAGUUCAUUCUCAGUAACCUCACAACUUAAAUCAGAAUUUAAAAAAUCAAUUUAUAAAUUUCAAAUAAUCAUGUAAGACGAUAUGGUAUCUUUUUGUAAAGCUAAUUUUGUGCCAACUUGCAGUACUUAUCAAAACUUGGACCUGGCACAUUAACAAUAUGUGAAUCAUUUAAUUUCAAAUUGGUUCAUUCUGAAAUCUAAUUUACAGUAGUUUGCCAUAUCCCAGCUUAGGGGUCAGAUGUUUGUUAAAGUUAGUGAAGUAUGGAUGUUAGUCCUUUGGUAUCCCUCCCUUUCCACCUUUUGUGCUUCACCUCUCACAGGGAAUAAAUGAUCUUUUUAAAGAGUAGAUGUUCUUAGUCUGGUCGAAUCUUACAUGAUGUGUGGAUUCAGUAAAUUUUACAUAUUCCAAUACUGUGGUUUGUGUGUAACAUACAAUAAUAAUUCACUCAUUUGAUUUAUUAACAUAUUUAAUUAUGAAGUAAUAUACUGCUUAGACAUUUACUUUAUGACCUAGCUUAAAUUUGCAGAGUAUUUUGAUCAAUCAAAACAGUGGACCAAUAAAAAUGAUUGGUUCUUUCCA